ACAAUAUCAUGCACUAUUACUUUGACACACAUCACCAACAGCUCAAGUUUUACUAAUAAGAAAGAAGAUGAGUGUCCUAUUGAUGAUCCUAUCAGUUGUACUAGUAGUAUCUACAUUGACUGGAUCUACUAACAAUUACUACAAUGAACCUACUGAUAAUAAAGCAUCAUUCACAGAUUGUUCUGUUACUAAGAAAUUUAUUGAACUCACUAAUUUUUCAAUGACUAAAUUUCCACUGAAACGUGGGGGAAAAUUCCAUUUGCAAGCAAUACUAAAUAUCAAGAGAACCAUACAUUGGGGUAUACUGCAUGCCACAGCAACAUAUAAUUUCAGAAAUUAUACUAAUAUUACUUUCUUUGAUGUGAAGUAUAAUUUAUGUGACUACUUUGAUGAUAUUAUUAAGCACAAAUGUCCAAUACAUCCAGGGCUAUAUCAUAUAAAUAGUCACACUACAAUGUCAAAACUCCUUUGGCCAGGUCAGUAUUAUGGUAAAGCUACUGCUUACAAUGAGAAAGGAGAGCAAAUAAAGUGUAUAAUGAAGCAAGGGGUCAUUGAAUGACAAAAAAUUUUCAUUAUUAACACAUGCAUGUAUGUAUACACUACAGAAUGCACUGACUACACCAAGUGAAUUAAUUACCUUGUUGUAUUACAAUACAUUAUGUUCAUGCAGCUUUACUUCUAGCAAACAAAUAUGUUCAGAAGAAUAACUAAUGAA